UCUGCUGGACCUGCUGGACCCCCAGGACUCUCCGGGACCCCCAUCCAGGACUCUCCAGGACCUCCAGGACCGGGACCUGCAGGACCAACAUGGACCCUAAGCGUUUGUCUUCAGGCUCCCAGCAGCAGGUCCGACUCCGGAUAAAGAGGACUAAGAGAGAGUGGAGACCCCUGGAGGAUCGGAGCUGCACUGACCUGCCCUGGUUCCUGCUCUUCACCGUCUUCUGCGUCGGCAUGGGCUGCAUCUGCGGCUUCACCGUGGCCACCGGAGGAGCCGCCCGGCUGAUUCUGGGCUACGACAGCUACGGAAACACCUGCAGCCGCCGCAACGAGCAGAUCGAGGGGGUUCGGCUGAGCGGCCUGGACCACACCGACAGGAAGUUCGUGUUCUUCCUGGAUCCCUGCAACAUCGAUCUGGUCCAGAGGAAGAUCAGGUCUGCAGCUCUGUGCGUCUCCCAGUGCCCCCCCCAGGAACUGAAGACCUACCAGGACCUGAAGACGUUCGCCAUGGUCAACGGGUCGGAGCUCUGCUCCUACGAGUUGGCGGGUCACAAGUAUCCGGGUCAUCCGGACCGGUUCACCAGGUGUCCCAAACUACCGGUUCCCCCGAGCAAGCCGCUGCCUCUCUUCCGCCGCUGUACCCCGGUGGACGUGUCCUGCUACGCCCGCUUCGCCGAGGCCGUCGUCACCUUCGUGGGCGACGCCAGCGUCCUGCACCGGCUCAUCGCCGGCGUCGUGGCCAGCAAGGAGAUCAUCGCCGGGCUCUGCGUGCUGGCUCUGGUCCUGUCCAUGAUCCUCAUGGUGAUCAUCCGCUACAUCUCCGCCGUGCUGGUCUGGAUCCUGACCUGCCUGGUGGUGCUGGGAUCCCUGGCGGGUACUGGCGUGCUCUGGUGGCUCUACAUCGACCACCGUCUCCAUGGAAACGCCACGGCCGCGUCGUCGCCGGCGCCGCGGGAGGCCAAGGAUCAGCCGGAGAUCGGGGAUGGCGGCCAGGCGCUGCUGGUUUACGCCGUAGCGGCCUCCGUGUUCACCGUGAUCCUGCUGCUGCUGAUGCUGUUCAUGAGGAAGCGCGUGGCUCUAACGGUGGCGUUGUUCCACGUAGCGGGGAAGGUUUUCCUGCACCUGCCGCUGCUGGCGCUGCAGCCGUUCAUCACCUUCCUGGCCCUGCUGCUGUUCUGGCUGUACUGGACCCUGGUGCUGCUGUUCCUGGGGACCACCGGGAACCCGGAGCAGAACGAGGAGACGGGUCUGAUCGAGUUCCGGCUGACGGGCCCGCUGCAGUACCUGCCCUGGUACCACUUCCUGGGCCUGGUCUGGAUCAGCGAGUUCAUCCUGGCCUGCCAGCAGAUGACGGUGGCUGGCGCCGUCGUCACCUACUACUUCACCAGGGACAAGAACCGCCUGCCGGUGACGCCGAUCCUGUCGUCGGUGCUGCGGCUGGUCCGGUACCACCUGGGAACCGUCGCUAAGGGCUCCUUCAUCAUCACGCUGGUCAAGGUCCCGCGGCUAGUGCUAAUGUACCUGCACAACCAGCUCAAAGGACGGGAGAACGUCUGUGCUCGUUGUCUGCUCAAGUCCUGCAUCUGCUGCCUGUGGUGUCUGGAGAAAUGCCUCAACUAUCUCAAUCAGAACGCGUACGCCGCCACCGCCAUCAACAGCACCAGCUUCUGCACGUCGGCACGCGACGCCUUCGUCAUCCUGGUGGAGAACGCGCUGCGUGUCGCCACCAUCAACGCCAUCGGAGACUUCGUGCUAUUCCUGGGGAAGGUGCUGAUCAUGACCAUGACGGCGUUUGCCGGCGUGCUGCUGCUCAACUCCCAGCGCGACUACGCGGAGUGGCUGCUGCCGCUAGCCAUCGUUAGCCUGUUCUCCUUCCUGGUGGCCCACUGCUUCCUGUCCGUGUUCGAGAUCGUGGUGGACGUGCUGUUCCUCUGCUUCGCCGUCGACACCAAGUACAACGACGGCUCGCCGGGACGGGAGUUCUUCAUGGACAAGGCCCUGAUGGAGUUCGUGGAGAGCAGCCGGCGGUUGGAGCGCGCGGCGGAGCGUGGGCGGAGCCGGGUGAAGGAGGCGGAGAUGAAGCCCAUGGCUCCGGGGACGAGUUCAGCUUGACCAAACGCAGCCGCUGGGACUCAAAGAGACAUUCCAGAAGUUUAUUUUUACCGACGUGUAACAUGUUUACUAAGUUUCACUCCAGGGAAAGAUAUUUUACUAGUAACCAGUUAACCAGUUAACCGCUAACCAGUUAACCGUUAACGAGCACUUUAUACCGGCGCUGCAGUUUCAACCGGCUGAUGCAUCUUUUCCUAGUGAUGUCUUUUUUACCAACUCACUGAACUCAUCGCCGCUAGCGCCGACCGCGCUAACCGCGCCGACCGCGCUCACGCUUGUUGCUAACGGGGCCGGGUGGAGCUGUUGCCAUGGAGACCGUCCAGGGUUUCCAGCAGAGGAGGCCGCCGACACCCGGAGCCACGCCCCCAGGAGGACAGUGGGCGGAGCUUCCCGCUGCGGUGGGCGGAGCGAAGACAGUCAGCAAUAACUGCAUCAUGUGACCGCAACAAGUCUUCCGAGGAGGUCGUGACCCCGAGGAACCGCCGCCCGGCGCCGGCGGACCAAGCUCCAAACCAGCCCCUCGUGUUGGCCCUCCGGCCGCCCUGCCGCCCUCUGAUUGGCCCUCCGGCCGCCCUGCCGCCCUCUGAUUGGCCCUCCGGCCGCCCUGCCGCCCUCUAAUUGGCCGAGGCGGGACCCGGCGCCGCUCCCCCAGACUUUACUGUUUAGAGACUAGUUUGGUCUGUUUCCUCUGAACAAGUGUCUCAUGAAUCUCUUUCAGAAGUACUUUCGCCGCCGGCGCCGGGUCUAGGCGGCGCCGCGGACCUGCGCGGGGAAGCUAGCCCAGCUAGCGCUUGACCGUCUCUCCUCUGGAUUUCCUGAAACCCUGUGGAGUGAUGCUGCUAACAGCUGCAAUAACCGAAGCGGCAACGGCGGCGGCGUGCAGACCGUUCUCCCGACACCGAACCAGAACCAGGACCUUGGAAGGCUACGUUUCCAGCGGGCGGGGGCUAAACACGAGAGACGACGAAACGAAGAAGAAACUUCCCUGUUAAAGUAUCGAAGUCGGUUCGGCCACGUUUGAGUUCGCUAGUUCCAAUAAACUCCUAAUACUACGUUGGAGUUAGCCGGUUCCAGUAAAUAUGCUAAUGCUACUUUAGAGUUAGCUGGUUCCAGCUAACUCGUGUAGCUACAUUGGAGUUAGCUGGUUCCAGUAAAUGCGCUAAUGCUACUUUAGAGUUAACUGGUUCCAGCUAACUCGUGUUGCUACAUUGGAGUUAGCUGGUUCCAGUAAAUGCGCUAAUGCUACUUUAGAGUUAACUGGUUCCAGCUAACUCGUGAUGCUACGUUGGAGUUAGCUGGUUCUAGUAAAUAUGCUAAUGCUACUUUAGAGUUAGCUGGUUCCAGCUAACUCGUGUUGCUACGUUGGAGUUAGCUGGUUCUAGUAAAUAUGCUAAUGCUACUUUAGAGUUAGCUGGUUCCAUUUAACUCGUGAUGCUACGUUGGAGUUAGCUGGUUCCAGUAAAUGCGCUAAUGUUACUUUAGAGUUAACUGGUUCCAGCUAACUCGUGUUGCUACAUUGGAGUUAGCUGGUUCCAGUAAAUGCGCUAAUGCUACUUUAGAGUUAACUGGUUCCAGCUAACUCGUGUUGCUACAUUGGAGUUAGCUGGUUCCAGUAAAUGCGCUAAUGUUACUUUAGAGUUAACUGGUUCCAGCUAACUCGUGUUGCUACAUUGGAGUAAGCUGGUUCCAGUAAAUGCGCUAAUGCUACUUUAGAGUUAACUGGUUCCAGCUAACUCGUGAUGCUACGUUGGAGUUAGCUGGUUCUAGUAAAUAUGCUAAUGCUACUUUAGAGUUAGCUGGUUCCAGCUAACUCGUGUUGCUACGUUGGAGUUAGCUGGUUCUAGUAAAUAUGCUAAUGCUACUUUAGAGUUAGCUGGUUCCAUUUAACUCGUGAUGCUACGUUGGAGUUAGCUGGUUCCAGUAAAUACGCUAAUGCUAUGUUUGAGUUAGCUAGUUCCAGUAAACUUGCGAUGCUACGUUGGAGUUAGCUGGUUCCAGUAAAUGCGCUAAUGCUACGUUAGUUAGCUGGUUCUAAUAAAACAACUAAUGCUACUUUAGAGUUAGCUGGUUUCAGUAAACGUGCUAAUGCUACUUUAGAGUUAGCUGUUUCCAGUAAACGUGCUAAUGCUACUUUAGAGUUAGCUGUUUACAGUAAACGCGCUAAUGCUACUUUAGCAUUAGCUGUUUCCAGUAAAUGCGCUAAUGCUAUGUUGGAGUUAGCUGGUUCCAGUUAACUCAUGAUGCUACAGUGGCAUUAGCUGCUCAGGAAGCGGACCUAAACCAGCUAGCUCUCCUGAACUAGAACGGUCCGCUGUAACAUGUUGGAGCUAAAAGAUCAUGUUAACCGCAGCAGCUAUGCUCAUUGUUAGCAUUCCGGCGCGUCUCCUGCGGCGCGCAAGGGUUCGGUCGCGUCUGGAAAGUUCCAGGGCCGGAUCCCGAAACCGCGCUGACUCUGUUCCGCUCUCUGGAAACGUAGCUUCACCUUUAGCUCGUGACCUUCACUAAGCCACGCCCCCUCAUCGCCCAACCGUCUCCAUGGAAACGUACGUCCGGGGUGGGAAGGGCCUCCUGACAACGAGUUCAUGCACAUCGACCAAUUGCACUAAAGAUCGACGCUAGCAUCGGUUUACCGCGGCUAACUGCUAAACGCUAACCUGGGCUUCAGGGUGAAGGGCAUGCUGGGAAAACUAGCCGGAACCAGAUCAAUAUUUAAAGUGUAAAAACAACCGUCCUCUAAGACGACGCCCCCUGAAUUAACCCCAACCGCAGGAAGACGAGCAGAAACACAGGAUUUCAAAAUAAAACGGCCCCCUUUCAUAGUAAAAGCACACUGAACCUCUGGAGGCGGAAACACAAACUCUGACGUGGUUUUAACUUUAUUUUUAAUCGACAGCGAGUUUUCAAACCGUCGCUGUGGCAGUACCGCCUCUGACCACAUGGGGGCGUGGCCAUCGCUGCUGAUGUCAUCAGGCGUCGCCAGCUGCCGUCUCCUUGGUAACAGCUAAACCACUCGGGGGGGCGUGGCCUGAGAGCCCCGAGGUUCUGAUUGGGGGAGGAGCUCCGUCAAGGGUGACUCAGGCUAGCUGAGGCUAACUGAGCCAGCUAACAUGACAUCUUCCUCAGGCUAACUGAGCUAGCUAAUGUGAAAUCUUCCUCAGGCUAGCUGAGGCUAACUGAGCUAGUUAACAUGAAAUCUGCCUCAGGCUAACUGAAGUUAAUUGAGCUAGCAAAGGCUAACUGAGCUAGCUGAGGCUAAUUGAGCUAGUUGAGGCUAACUGAGCUAGCUAACAUGAAAUCUGCCUCAGGCUAACAGAGCUAGCUAUAACUACAGCUAGCGAAGGCUAAUUGAGCUAGCGAAGGCUAACUGAGCUAGCUAUAACUACAGCUAGCGAAGGCUAACUGAGGUAGCGCAGGCUAAUCGAGCUAGCGAAGGCUAACUGAGCUAUCGAAGGCUAAUCGGGCUAGCGCAGGCUAACUGAGCUAGUGCAGGCUAACUGAGCUAGGGCAGGCUAACACAAUUUAGUGUCAGGUCAAACAUUUCUGGGGGUCAAAAAUGUGAGGAAAACUGAAAUUCCAGCUCGGUAAAGUGACAAAAUAUCCAAAAUAAUUAUAUAAUAUUAUAUUAUAAUGAUUAUAAUAAUUAACUUCAUAAAAACUCACUUUGAAAAGAAAAAAAAACAGGAAAAUCAGGGAGGCAAAAAUAAAUCUGAGGGUUAAAAAGUGUAAAUGUGUAACUUUACAAAGACCAUUUGUACUUAGGCUACCUGAGGGCCCCCUGCCCCCAACCCCCACCCCCCCGACCUGAGGCCCCCAGGAGUCCCGGAGGCCCCUAGUUCCUCCCCGGUAGUCCCCCACCCCCCGCGGCGCCCGGACCGCAGCAGAUGAAGGGCGCCGCCGUAGACCAGCUGAAGUAGAACCAGUUGCAUGUCCGUGUUCUGCAGCGGGACUCGGCCGUGAGGCCCCCGGGAUCGGAGCCCCCUCGCCGGGAUCGGGCCGGAGCCCCGCCCCAGUCCCCGCUCUGGAGCCCCGCGCCGGGACCGGGACCCCGGAACCCCCGAGGCCGGGAUCGGAGCCACCUCGCCGGGAUCGGGCCGGAGCCCCGCCCCGGUCCCCGCUCUGGAGCUCCGGUCCCAGCUCUGGAGCUCCGGUACCCGCUCCGGUCCGGCCGUCAGGUGGAACACGAGUGUUUAGCUUUUUCUCUGCAGUAACAAAGUCCGUUUGUAACAUUGAAGAACUCCUUCUUUGGUUCUCGGUUGGUUUUUAUAUCAUUUCUUAUGUAUAUUUGUUUUUUAAGAAAAGUAAUAAAAUGCAAAAGUUU